AGCUCCCACGGCGUCGAGUGAACCCCCAUCACGCUCUCUCUCUCCAUCCCUCCCCUUUUUCUCUCCAAUUCACUCUCACUCUUCUGCGUUCCUUAUCCCCACGUGUCUCUCUUUUUUUUUAUCUCCCAUUUUUGUCUCUCUACCUUUGUGAACUCUCCUCUGAGUGCGAGAGAGAGGGAGAAAACCUACCCGUUUCCAACAGUGAUACGAAGGAAGACAGAAAAUGAGGUGUGACCAGGGCGCGUGUCCACUAACCGAGGUGGAGGGAGGCAGCAGUGUAGAGAAAGUUUCCACUUCGUAAAAGACAUUCAUGACAAAACAUAUAUAUAUCCUCAAAGACGUAACAUAAUGAUCUAAUUAAUUCAGUUGACGGAGAGGAGAGAGAGAAAAAAAACACAAACAAAUUAUCUCGUUAUUCAGAUAUAAUACAACCAAACAACAGGUACAGUAGUUCAGUCUCAAGGACAAUGUUACGGGUGCUGUAUUACCUGCCGCCGCCGCUUUUCAACGCCGUCGAAAAAUGCAGGAAAGAAAUCCCAAGAAUUCUUGCCUCGGAAAGGUACAAAAUAUUAAUACUAUCAACAUUGCUCUUUCUUACUAUCCUGUUGCUGUCAAUUCCUGUGGUUCCAGAGAGAAUCCUGGGCAUCCGCUCUCCCGAGAUAACCCUGGAGAACUACUACCACGACCUGAACACCAGCCUCUCCACCGCCAUCCCCCCCGACGUGAACCAGGGAAACGACCCUCACAAGAUCCAAAAGCGACACAUCCCUCACAAGUUCUGGGCGCGAGUUCGACCUCACAACCGAUUCAGGAAGAAGAAGCGCCGUAGCCUCGUGGGGAAUCUGGAGAAGGACGCGGCGGAGGGCCACCAGGAGGCGAAGAAGCACUUGUCGCCGAAGGUCGCGAAAGGGACGUUGGUUUCGAGAGGCGAAGGAGAGGGAAGACAACGGACGUAAAGAUUUUUUUUCUCUCUCUAUCGUCAUAUUAAUGUGAUUUUUAUUCUUCUUCGCUUCUGUUGUCAUUUUGAAGUUUAAGAGGGAAUAAUGUCACUAUGAUCGAGCACGUGCAUUUGGGACCUGUUGAGUUCAUUUAUAUCGUGAUUUGUGCGAUUCUAAGGGAGAGGAACAGGUUUGAGUUGUAAAUUCAUGUAGCUUUUUAUUUAAAUAUUUUAUUUAUUUAUUUAUUCAUUUAUCUAUUUUACUUAAUUCAUAUAUUUAUUUAUCUAUAUUAUUUAUGUAUUUAUUUAUUUAUCUAUUAUCACUUUUUUCGAACUAUUCCCUAUGUGAUCCUUUGAGUUACCAUUACAACUACAUACUUACCAACGCAUAUAUUUUGGGUUAAACUAGUACCGCAACCACCGACUAUGCAUGUUAGGACACUUCAGGGUGGCAGUGAAUUCGACAAAAUUGCCAUAAAAACAAUUACAGUAUAUCUCUCCAUUAUGUCACUUUGUAGUUUGCGACCGAGUGGUGCAAAUUAUAAUUUUAUCGUACUAGGUUGUAAAGUGGCCUUCUUAGAUGAGAGUAUGCUAUGCGAAAGUAUCAUUAUUAAUACAUUUCAAUGCUUCUUCAGGGCAUAUACACAAAGGAUACAGAUUGUUCAUAUUUGGAAUAGUAAUCGGGCCAUGUCCAUUAAUUUGUGACUGGGAUAAUGCGAGCGAAACGUGACUGUGUAUGAGACGUGCGUAAAUGAUUUAAUUACUUAUCAAUCUUCUCUAUCUUUUUAUUUCAUUUAUUCAGUUAUUAUUAUUAUUAUUAUCAUCAUCAUUAUUAUUAUUAUUAUCAUUAUUAUUAUUAUUAUUAUUAUUAUUAUCAUUAUUAUUAUUAUUAUUGUUGUUAUUGUUAUUUUUUUGGUUAAUUUGCCUUGGUGUGAAUAGGCCUACAAAUAUGAGAUCAGAAGCAUGCUUGAAUAUGUAGAUGUUAAAUUAACAUAUAAUGUUGUGGAAAAAUGUGAAUACUGUGAGAAGUGUCGACCAUCAUCAGCCCUUCAUGCUUUUCACAAUUAUACUCUCAUGGAAAUUAUCGACAAAGUAGACGUUUCUGAAUUCUGCGAAAUUUUGAAGUUUUGCGGGGCAUUCAAAUGGCAGGAGAGAAAGCAAAACCCAGAUACAUACAUACAUACACACGUUUCGCUGUGCGGUGUAGUGUAAUAUGCUUUAAUAUGUUUGUACCAUUUGAAGUAUAUUAAAUCACAUGAAUUGACAGUUUUUUUCAAUACCUUUAGUCUUAUUAUUAUUAUAUCCUUAGGGAAAACUUUUUGUUUCAUUUAAAUGUCAUAUCCUGUUAUUUAUCAUUGAUUUUAAUUUUGUUUUUAUUAUUUUUUCUUUGAUAUUAUCAUUAUCUUACUAUGUUAUUAUUUUUAUUGCUUAUAUUACUAUUACUCCCCCCAAAAUGUAAUUUCAUAACAAGAAAAACAUCUUAAAAUAUCCUUUUAAAUGCGAACUAUCAAUACAAUAUUUUUCUCCCCGUCUGAGACAUACACACAUUUCUGUAUGUACAUACAUAUAUAUAAACACACAUACAUAAAAGUAAGUAUAUGGAAAAAUGUUGACGCCAUUUUUUUUAAUGUACUGCCCUGUAGAAUUGUAUAUGAAUUUAUUAAUGGUGCAAACACAAUUAGUUCUGCACUGGACCCACUAAAUUUAGAUCUAGCCUUUGCAAACAUGUCAUUACUGGUGCAUAUUUUAAAGUUUAUUUAUACAGUAUCAACAUGGUUAUGCGCACACAUGUAUUAGAGGUAUUUUUAAGGAAUUAUACAAACUAAUGAUUGAAUGUUUUCAAUUCAUGUAACCAUAUAUUUUCUGUUUUUUGUGAUUUUUAUGUUUGUAUUAUUGGAGAUUCUAUUUACCAACAUAUCUAUGUAUUAUUAGUCUUCCCAGUUGUUAUGUAUAUAUGUAUCAAAUUUUAUUUAUUUUGUAGUCUUUCAUUAUCAGUAAUGUGGUUAUUAGCAGAUCAGGUAGGUACUACUCUCUUACAUUUUAAAAUUGUCCUACACUUUAUAAAUUUAUCAACUUUGAAAGCUUAGAUUAAUAUAAAAAAAAAAGAUAUCUGGUAUAUUUGAGGGCACUGGUCUCCACACACAAAAAAAUUAUGAACAAUGUGUAUGUACUGCUUAAAAGUUUCUCCUGGAUUCUUCUACCCAACAAGAGUACUUUUGGAAAUGUUUUCCUUAUAAUUUUCUGGAUGUAGAUGCAUAAUUUGUGGCAGUUUUAAAGCCUAAGAGUAUUGUUAGUAUGUCCCAGUUCUGGAUAAUAGCAGUAUGUAGUUUUUAAAAAUCUAUUCUAGAUAUAUUUGAUUUUUUUUUUUUUUUUUGUUCCUUUUUCAUACAUAUCCUACUAAAAUUCUUCCACAUGUGCA